AGUCCUGGAAACCGGUAAGGGAAAACGUGCCUUCUUCGUCCAGAAGGAGCCCAGCCAGAUCCAUCGUGCCGUCAGCCGCCACCCUGUGAAGGUGGAAGGGGGAGGAAAAGAACAGUAAGUGGCGGACAGAGCCGUCCUCCCCCGUUGGCCCACCUGCCCGCCUCUCCCGAAAGGGCCGCCGCCCCGGUCCGCGCAGUCUCCUCCCCUGUUGCCGGCAGCCGCAGGACGCCUCUUCCUGUUCCGCGCGCGACUGAGCCUCCCGGCGCCCGACAAUCCGUGCGGCGCUCACCAGGCGGAGUAAGAAGAGGUCCCAGGGCCAGAAGUGUUCUCAGCCCGCGGGGCCCGGGACACACCAAGGGUGAACGAGCUGGCCAGACCUUGUGGUAGUGGUGCAGAUAUUAACGAGACUAACAUAAGAGGGGAGGGGACUGGAGGCGUCGAGAUUGAGUAAUGGGAAUGCCGCGCCCUUCCCGAGCCGAAAGAGAUGCUAGCCGGGAUCCUGGGCGCCUGGAGGCCCACUUCCUCCGGGAGGAGUCGCAGGUUGUUGUCUUCGUCGUCCCUCCGGCCCUUCUUCCUGCUCAGCAUCUCACUUUUGACCUAUUUCCUGCUGGAUCUCUGGCAUCCUCGCUUUCUCCCCGACGUUUCAGCUUCACCCCCUGAGGAACCACACUCUGACAGUGAGGGUGCGGGGUCAGGCGCCCAGCCGCACCUGCUGAGUGUGCCCGAGUUGUGCAGAUACCUGGCUGAGAGCUGGCUCACCUUCCAGAUUCACCUGCAAGAGCUGUUGCAGUACAAGAGGCAGAAUCCAGCUCAGUUCUGUGCUCGAGUCUGUUCUGGCUGUGCUGUGCUAGCUGUGUUGGGACACUAUGUUCCAGGAAUUAUGAUUUCCUACAUUGUCUUGCUGAGUAUCCUGCUGUGGCCCCUGGUGGUUUAUCAUGAACUGAUCCAGAGGAUGUACACACGCCUAGAGCCCUUGCUCAUGCAGUUGGACUACAGCAUGAAGGCAGAAGCCGAUGCCCUGCAUCACAAACAUGACAAGAGGAAGCGGCAAGGGAAGAAUGCUCCCCCAGCAGGUGAUGAGCCACUGGCUGAAACAGAGAGUGAAAGCGAGGCAGAGUUGGCGGGCUUCUCUCCAGUGGUGGAUGUGAAGAAAACAGCACUGGCCUUGGCUAUUACAGACUCAGAACUGUCAGACGAGGAGGCCUCUAUCUUAGAGAGCGGCGGCUUCUCUGUUUCUCGGGCCACCACCCCACAACUGACAGAUGUUUCUGAGGAUUUGGACCAGCAGAGCCUGCCAAGUGAGCCCGAAGAGGCUCUGAGCCGUGAACUGGGUGAGGGGGAAGAGACAGAGCUGGCCCCUCCUGAAGACCUGCUAAAUGCCCCUCCAGCCCUCUCAAAGCAAGCCCUGGAUACAGAAGAGGCUGCAGUCAAGGAAACCUUGCUUCAGCUCUCAUCCCCUCUUCACUUUGUGAAUACGCACUUCAAUGGGGCAGGGUCCCCCCAGGAUGGAGUGAAAUGCUCCCCUGGAGGACCAGUGGAGACCCUGAGCUCAGAGGCAGUGAGUGCUGACAUAAUGGCUCCACCCAGCGCCCUCUCACCCCCACUUUGCCCUGCUGAAAGUGGUCCAGUUACCCUCCUUUCCCCCUCUGUGCUCCCAUCCCUUCCCCAGGACUCACCUCAACCCCUGGCUGCCCCUGAGGAGGAAGAGGCGCUCACCACUGAGGACUUUGAGUUGCUGGAUCAAGGGGAGCUGGAGCAACUGAAUGCAGAGCUGGGCUUAGGACCAGAGAUGCCCCCAAAGCCCCCUGAUGUUCUGCCUCCUCCUCCCCUUGGGCCAGACAGCCAUUCUCUGGUACAGUCAGACCAAGAGGCUCAUGCAGCGGUUGAGCCAUGAGCCAUGGCAGAAUGAGCUGCAGGCAUAGUAGGGCUUCCUGACUAGGGAUGUCAUGUUUCCUCCUUUCCCUGCCACUCUGGGGAAAGGCACUAUGUGGAGAAGCUGGCUGUCAGAUGGCAGCCAGCCCAUUCUCUGCCUGCCUGUCUGCCUGCCUGCCUGCUAUCCUGGGACCUGGUAUAUAGUACCUGUGCCUGGGAUGGGUUUUAAAUUUGUAAAUAAUUUUCCAUUUGGGCUAGUGGAUGUGAUGGGGCUAGGGAAGUCCUUCCAUAGCCUGCACUUGCUUCCCUGCCUCAUCUCUUCUCAUUCUACUAUGUCCCAAGCCCUGGUGGUCUAUCCUUUCUCUCUCUUCCUAUCCUCAGGGACCUGUGCUGCUCUGCCCUCAUGUCCCAUUGGUUGUUUAGUUCAGGCACUUUAUCAUUUUCUCUACUGUCCUACACUUCCCUUGGCUUUAUUUCCCUGCUGUGUCCUGUCCUUAGCAGCGUCAUCCCCACUCUUUGCCAACCUCUUCUUCCAUAGGCACUGGCCAACUUGUAGGGCAGGUUCUCUUUGGAGUGGCGACAGGUCAGCAGUCCUGCACUUAGGUCACUGUAGCCUCCAGCCUGCACUGUACCCUUGCCCGGUUCAACCCUCAUGAUGCAGGAGAGCAGGGUCCCAUAGCACUUUGCCAGCACUGGGGUUGAUGAGCACGCUCUCUCUCUUUUUGAGGUGAGGGACUUCCCUGCUGUCUUAGGAAGAACAAAACCUACUCUUCUGGACCACAGUUGAGACUCUGCUAGGGUCUAAAGUGGAUAGAAACAUCUGUGUAGGUGUUAACUGGAAAAAUAAAGUGUUGAUUGGCUAGAA